AUACACUGGGCGUAUAGGCGGAAUUUAAAAUGUUAACAAUGCGACUCUAACAGGAAUUGUUGUUUUACUUUGUGUAGCUUGUAAGGGUCGUGUAACGUAUUCACCACUUAGAAUACAGAAGAAAGACAGUUAAGUAUCUCCGGAAACCAAACAAUCCAGUAUUUCACACGAAGUCUAUUUUAUAGGCUACUAGCUAACGCCAAACGUUAGCUAUGGAGGAGCGGAAGGAGGAGGGAGAAGCGGAGAUCCAAGAGCACGGCCCCGAACACUGGUUCUCCAAGUGGGAACGGCAAUGCUUAGCAGAGGCCGAACAGGGUGAUUCACACGAGGAGGAGACGGAACAAAGCCAACAGAAACUGUGGCAUCUCUUCCAGAACUCUGCUACCGCGGUAGCACAGCUUUACAAAGAUCGGGUAUGUCAGCAGCAAGGUCUCUCUCUCUGGGUGCCCUUCCAGAAUGCAGCCACAGCUGUCACUAACCUGUAUAAAGAGAGUAUGGAGGCCCGCCAACGGAGCUAUGACCUGGGCAUUCACUUAGGCUACCAGCGCAGGAAUAAGGAUAUGAUUGCAUGGGUAAAGAAACGCAGAAGAACUAUCAGGCGCGAGGACCUCAUCAGCUUUCUGUGUGGCAAAGUUCCACCACCACGGACAGCCCGUGCCCCGCCCAGAGUUGCCAUGGUGUCUGCAAGCCGACCACCACCUUCAGAGACGGGAAGCUCUGUGGAGACCGACCUGCAGCCUUUCAGAGAGGCCAUAGCACUGCAUGGCCUUAGUGGUGCCAUGGCGAGCAUUUCUGUGCGUUCUGGUCCUCCUGGUUCCCCAACACACCCUGCCCAGUCCCUCAGUCGUCGUAGGAAUGGCCUUCAUGAUGUGGACCUCAACACCUUCAUCGCUGAGGAGAUGGCGCUCCACUUGGAUUCCACAGCCAAUCGUAAACGAGGCCCUGCCCCUUGUAGUGAUGUCAUCACAGACUCACCUACUCAUAAACGUAACAGGAUGCUCUGAACCUUUCCUACACCACUAAUCCCUCCUCUGUCCUCUCCUUGGUGGCCGACUGGACAGCUGAUGAGGACUGAUGCCUUGGCCAACCAUUGAUAUCCUGCUCCUUUUCAUCUUAGUUGCAAUGCUACAAAUAAAGGAACUCAACUAUUACCAAUCCAACAUAUUUCUCUCCCGUAUUUCUAUUUUUCUUUCUCUCCCUCCUUUUUUGUUUCAUGCAUCCUCUUCACAGUAGUAUGUUUUUUCCUCUUUGUUUGGUUGCUCUCAGUAGAUCUGAUACCUAAGCUAACACAUGUCCCACUUGAAAUCCUGAAAUUGCAGAAUGUUGCGUUUAGACAUGGUUUAUUUGGCCGGGCCCCUUUGUGCUUCACAUAUGAUAAUCAGAUGAACCGGGCUAUUGCUUACUGUUUGCAGUUCUCUUCCCCUCAUUCACAAGCACUUCCUCCUCUGGAGUGCUGGCCAAACAGACUGAACUGAAACCUUGACUCAAAACGCUUCUGCUGCUCUGUGUGUUCGUGUAUCUGACAGCAGAACUGCCACUUACUGUGUUGUACUUGUCUUUGCCUUUGAGAAAGCUGCUACAGUAUCUCUGGUCGUUGUGCAACUGUGUGUGUGUGUGUGUGUGCGCGUGCGUGCGUGCGUGUGUGUGUGCGCGUGCGUGCGUGCGUGUGUGUGUGUGCGUGUAGGGUUUUGUCAAAUCCACCACCCACUUGAACGAAUUAUUCCCUGUUUUACUUAAAUCCUUUUUUUUUUUCUUUAGUUGCUCUCUGCAGCCCAAACCAGGAUUUUAUCACAAAGCAGUUCAGUCAGUUUGCACCAUAGACUACACGGACAACGCCUCCCACUGUCCAAAGAUGAAGCCUAAAUAUCUAUGAUACGGGUGCUGCCAUCUUGCACUGGUGACGUCAUUUGGAGCCAGAAUAUGUGAAGUAGUCAUCAGGGUGUGGAGCUGCAGUAUUGAGGUCCCGCUCAUUCACCUGCCCGACUCAAAUGCUGGUCAGGGUUAGCUGUCAAUCAAUAUGUCACACCCCUUUUUAUAGCAUCAAAUAACAAAACCAAACUUAAAAGAAAUAUUUCACUUGAACAUACAUCAGUGUGAUAAGAACUAAAAUGAGAGAACCCAUUUUGGGAGAUUUUUAUUUGAAGUGUUCUAAGUUUUUUUGUUUGGCCCAUUUCCCAUCCGCCAACAUGGAAGGGGUAGGGUUUAUGACCUAUACUGCAACCAGACACCAGGGGGCAGCUGAGAUAUUUUGGUUUCACCUCUUGGGAACUGUCAUGUCGUCCAUCUUUAUAGACAGUCAAUGAUGUGCGCAUAUAAUGGUGACUACCGUUGCUGUCUAGUUAGCUGACACUUUGUAGUGGGGUUAGAAGAGAUGGAAAAGCAAAGUAUGUGCAACAAAGAUUUCUGUGCCCAAGUACCCUUCUCCUGCAUUGUUAAUUGUUUUUUUCUAAUCACAGUGUUACCCAUAGGUAGUUUCAGGUGUAUACAUAAUCCAAAUAUAUUCUGUUUCCUUUUCAGCUGCGAAAUGCAUUUGACUGAGUGCUGGUUCUUCCAUUUUCACAUUGCACUAACAGUGUUUCAAACCCUAUGGUGACAUUCGGCCUAUUGAUAAGAGCAUGAAGUGGUGAAUUGUCAUCACUUUGUCUCUUGUACUUCAGAAAGACUUCCGGGUUGUCUGUGAACUUGUAGGGGCUGUGAUAUUUUCUGUUAAGGCAACCCAUGGACUGUAGGGCACGACAGCUCAGCAAGGCUUGGGGCACUUGUUUUGCUAAUUCCAUGCACUGCUUUGUGAUACAAUCUUGUGUAAAAUGUGUAAAUAACAUGUAGGUGCUGUUAUAUGUGGUACAUAUUGUAAAAAGAAGUGCAAAUCCAUCGGGAUGUCCUUGUACAAUUCUGACAUUAAAGAAAAUAC